AUGGGAUAUACAAUUGUAUUACUUUGUCUCAUUUUCGGCAUAAUUCCAUCGCCAUCGUUUGCUGCUAAACGCAAUCCAUUGCAUUCUCUGCGCUCACACAACUGGCGUCCUUCAAGAACGCCUUGCUCCGACUAUGAGAUGCUGAUUAUAAACACGCAAUAUUGCGUCUCCCGCUGUCCAAUCCGUUGUGUAAAUGGUAGCUGCUUUGAGGAUGACGUCUGCCCUUGUGCCGACUACUAUCAGACUUCAUUUAAGGAGGGCGAGAGUUUAGUGUGCGCAUCCGAGUGCUUACCCGGCUGUAAGAGCGCUGGUGGUUUUUGUGCCGCGCCUGAUCUUUGCCUCUGCAGUCGCGAAGGGUUUCAUUUCGACGCGGUGGCGAGACGUUGUCGCGAAUAUCAUAUUUUUCGUGAUCGUUGUCUCGGACGUUGCUUAUAUGGCAAGUGCAAUGCCAACGGUGAAUGUACAUGCGCGCAAGGAUACACUGCUCAGGACGCAGUAUUUGGUCAACUCUGCGCUCCAGUUUGUAAGCAAGAUUGUGGUAAAUACGGCUUCUGUUUUCUUCCAAAUAUGUGCGCAUGCCGAAAGAAAGACUAUCAUUAUGAAUACGAUGGUAUGUGCCACGGCGACUACAUACAUUUGGAGCAAUAA